AUGAUAAAGGUGGCCUUUGUGUUGGUGCUGAUUGUCUACCUCUUAAAGGAAGGUCUUAGGCUUUGGCACCUUCGACUCGCCUACUUUCUGAAGCCGUGGGCCUUCCUCGACCCCACGAUUCUGACCAUCUCGCUGGCCUGCAUCGGCGUGUACACGUUGAUCGUGAUUGAGGCUCACCGACUGGCCAACGAGUUCGCGCGAAGCCACGGCAAUGAUCGGCUUGACUCUCGACAGAUCGCAUUCUGGCAUGAACAGCUCAAUUACCUACUCGCAUGUCUCCAUCUCAUCGUCAUCUUAAAAACGCUUCAUCUGCUUCGCUUCACUCACACCAUCCGCCAACUGGGCCGCGUGUUACGUUACGCCUCGAAGGAGCUGAUUGGAUUCGGCGCGAUAUUCAUGAUUGUCUUUUUAGCUUUUGUCAACAGCUUCUACCUGUUGUUGGGCGAGACUACAGCCGCAUUUUCCAGCUUUUCGGCCGCGGCUCAGGAGCUGAUCUCGGUCAUGUUGGGCGUAUUCAAUUUUGUCGAAAAUUACGAGGACCAAGACAUCUGGUUUGGCCCAAUGUUCUUCACAUUUUUCACUUUUUGCAUUGUCUUUAUAUUGCUCAGCAUGCUGAUCGCUAUCCUGAUGGACAGCUUCGAUGCGUCGCGUCAAGAGGCCAUCACGCGUCUGCUCAAACAGACCACCUCAAAGAGGAGACGAGAGCCCCAUGUGGAGUCGGAGACUGAGGAUAUGGCAAAAGACGAGGAUGUGCUGAGUCUAAGACUGUGCUACCUGAUGCUGAGGGGUCAUCUUGCCGAGACUUCUUGGGGCCAGAAGGUGGUGGCGCAUCUGCCGUCGAGGCUGGCCAACCUGGUUCCGACUGACCUGGACUUCACCGAUCUUGCCGUUUUGGGUGAUCUGCAUACAGCCUCCUGUCUCUCUGUACACGACUUUGAGACAAGACUGACAGGCUUUCAGCACACCAUGGACAAGUUCUUGGGGUACGUAAAACACACCCAGCUGACCGGCAAAGCUCAGAAAUCGCAAGAAUCUGCCUUCUGGUUGGGAUGA